CCUUCCGCUGGCGCAUGCGCGACACGUGGCCCUUCUCUCGCUCUCUUCCCCCGAGCAGCAGCUGUUGAGUGUGGCCACCCCCCAACAUCCCUGAAUAUGUAUGCCUGUGCAAAGUUCGUCUCUGCUCCCACCCUCGUGAAGAACUGUUCCCGGCUGUUCUGCAGGCCCAUCUCUGCCUCAGUGCUGAACAGGCCUGAGGCCAGGAUGGAUGAGCCCCGCUGCAUCUCAGCUGCUCAGAAUGAACUGUUGCCAGUCUUGCGCCGGGCGUUCCAAACUAGCACGGUUUCCAGGGACAUUGACACUGCCGCCAAGUUUAUUGGUGCUGGUGCUGCCACUGUAGGUGUAGCCGGCUCCGGCGCGGGCAUCGGGACCGUAUUCGGUAGUCUCAUCAUUGGCUAUGCCAGAAACCCCUCCCUGAAGCAACAGCUCUUUUCUUACGCCAUCCUGGGUUUUGCACUCUCCGAGGCCAUGGGACUGUUCUGCUUGAUGGUGGCAUUCCUCAUUCUCUUUGCUAUGUGAAAGAACCAGAUGUGCCGCCUGUCAUGUGUUCCCCUCUCUUCCCCCUGUGUUUAGUCCAGUGUGUACGCCGACCUGAUUGUUCUGUGGCAGAUAGGGGAAGCCCGUCUGUUAACCAAAUCCGUCCGGUUCGGAGGGGGCAAGUGAAUAAAUACUGUAUUGGUAUA